AUGGAAAAGCUGUGCCUUACUUUGUACUUCUCCGCAUGCAAGUUGCGACACUAUAUGUUAUCUUUUACUACUUGCAUCAUCGCUCAGACCGACUUAGUCAAGUACAUGCUAUCGCGACCUAUCCUCCGAGGCCGCAUUGGCAAAUGGGUAUUGGCCUUGUCUGAAUUCUCGGUACAAUACGUUCCUCAGAAAGCAAUGAAAGGACAGGCCAUCGCAGACUUUCUGGCACAUCACCCUACUUUGGAUAUCCCGACGGUGAGAGAGUUAGAGAUAGCGCCCAUCACUAUCACCCGACCAGAUUUGGCGCGCAUUCCAGAGUACGCCAUAUGGUAUCAAGCUACAAUCUCCUUACAGCCAUGGGUACUGUUUUUUGAUGGCUCCAGAACUGAAACGUUAGCAGGGGCAGGUGUUGUCCUGGAAAACCCAGCGGGCGAUCGUUUUUCUUAUUCGUUCCAACUCGAGUUUAAGUGUACAAACAACCAAGCUGAGUAUGAGGCCCUUAUUAUUGGCCUAGAAGUUUUACUAAAACUAGGGGUCAGAGAGGUUCAGGUCCGUGGCGAUUCUUUACUUGUGAUAAAUCAGCUUCAAAACGUAUACAGAUGUGCGAGCUGCUUGCUCGUCCCCUAUCUUAACCGCGCCGUGGAGUUACUGGAUCAGUUUGAUGACGUUGGUUUUGAGAACAUCCCUCGCGAGCGCAACUUCGCGGCCAACGAGCUCGCUCAGUUGGCUACAGGAGUUACAUUGAAGUAUGGAAUUCGCGAACGCAUCCUGAAAGUCGAGCGUCGCACACUACCUUUAUGGCUCGUACGACCUGACCCUCCGGAUGAUCCAGUCGUCGCUACCCUCGAGCCCAUUGACGUUGAUUGGCGCAUCCCAUUAACCCAAUACCUCAAACAGCUAGACCAAACAGCUGACAAAAGGACUCGUUUUCUCGCCUUAAAUUACUUCCUCAGGGACGAUGAGUUACGUCGGCGCGGGGAGGAUGGCAUCGAUUUUCGCUGCGUGUAUGGCCACGAAGCAAAACGACUAAUGCGUGAAGCACAUACUGGAGUUUGCGGCGCCCAUCAAGCGGGACCUAAGAUGCGAUGGCUCAUCCGACGACAUGGGUAUUAUUGGCCUAGCAUCUUGAAGGACUGUAUUGCUUUCGCUAAAGGAUGUCAGGACUGUCAGGCAGUCCGGUCCAGCAUGUUCCUAACAUUCCCAUGCAACCUAUCAUUAAGCCGUGGCCUGCGAGAGGCUGGGCAUUGGACUUGA